UGGGCGUUUUUUUCCUCAGUCUUAUCUCCCUGGGAGUUUUUCCUUGGGUGUUUCCUGUCUGCGUUACAACUUUGGAGUCCUACAGAGUAGGCGAAACAUGCCAGACACGUUUUUUAUCGACGACAUUUAAUGUACUUUACUUUGUUUGCGUCGCCGGAGAGAUUUUAAACUAGCUGCUGUUAGCUCGCUAAGCUAACAGAGUCUGAGUUGCUGUGUGUCUUUAACGUUGGCUGGGUCCGUAACCAGAGAGCUUCCCGAUGCAGGCCAUUAAGUGUGUGGUUGUGGGGGACGGAGCUGUGGGUAAAACAUGCCUGCUCAUCAGCUAUACUACCAAUGCCUUCCCUGGAGAGUACAUCCCUACAGUCUUUGACAACUACUCUGCCAAUGUAAUGGUUGAUGGGAAACCAGUGAACCUGGGCUUGUGGGAUACAGCAGGGCAGGAGGAUUAUGACAGACUUAGACCACUGUCCUAUCCACAGACCGAUGUGUUCCUGAUUUGCUUUUCACUUGUCAGUCCAGCUUCCUUUGAAAAUGUUCGCGCCAAGUGGUACCCUGAAGUACGACACCACUGCCCUAACACACCCAUCAUCCUGGUGGGCACCAAGCUGGAUUUGAGGGAUGACAAGGACACUAUUGAAAAACUCAAGGAGAAGAAACUUUCCCCUAUCAUCUAUCCUCAGGGCCUGGCCAUGGCUAAAGAAAUAAGUGCAGUCAAGUAUCUAGAGUGCUCAGCUCUGACACAGCGUGGCCUUAAGACAGUGUUUGAUGAAGCCAUAAGGGCAGUUCUGUGCCCUCCACCCAUCAAGAAGAGGAAGAGGAGGUGCAGUGUACUGUAAUGGAAAGCUACAUGGAAUAGAAUAGAUCUGCGUUCAGAGAGAACAUGUGCUGUGUCCUGGUUUAUAUAGAAUCUUUGUUCGAUCCAACUUUGAUCUUGAAGAACCUCACAGGUCUAAGCAUUGCUGCUGAAGCUUCUAGUUGCUUACAGCUGUUGGUCUUUUCCGAUUUAAAGGGGGAUGCGAUGUGUGUGCGUGCGCUGGGGGUGGGGGUAUUGUGCUGCCGAAUGAGGAAGGGAGCAUUUCAGAAAGGUUAUUGUGACUCAUGAAUUUAGAAAAUACUACUUGAAAAUGAAUUUGUCAUUUAACUCUGUAAAAGUAUGACAAUGUAGACUGCACUCUUUCCCGUACACAUAAAGAGAUUCCUGCUGCCUUGAUGAAAACAAAUGAUUUGUAGAAGCUUAAAUAUUUUCUUUUUUGCUGCCAGCCUUGUCACCUGUGGGUGACAGUCUGACUGUCAUGAGACUGAGGUGUUGCCAAAACUGUCAUCUAACUGUCAUAAGCUGUCAUCACUUUGUAGUCACUACAUCCAUUUUAACGUGUUGUUUUUCUUCUU